AUGGAUCAGGCUCAUGCAAGCAAAGACCUGGAAGAGCAGUUGCGAUCUGUGUCCAGUGUGGAUGAACUCAUGACAGUACUUUACCCAGAAUACUGGAAAAUGUUCAAAUGUCAGUUGAGGAAAGGAGGUUGGCAACACAACAGGGAACACUCCAGCUCUGACACAAGAUCAGAUGAUUCAUUGAAAUUUGCCGCAGCACAUUAUAAUGCAGAGAUCCUGAAAAGUAUUGAUACUGAAUGGAGAAAAACUCAGUGCAUGCCACGUGAAGUGUGUGUGGAUGUGGGGAAAGAGUUUGGAGCAACUACAAACACCUUCUUUAAACCCCCGUGUGUAUCCAUCUACAGAUGUGGAGGUUGCUGCAAUAGUGAAGGACUCCAGUGUAUGAAUAUCAGCACAAAUUACAUCAGCAAGACAUUAUUUGAGAUUACAGUGCCUCUCUCUCAUGGCCCCAAACCCGUAACUGUCAGUUUUGCCAAUCACACGUCCUGCCGAUGCAUGUCUAAGUUGGAUGUUUACAGACAAGUUCAUUCUAUCAUAAGACGUUCCUUGCCAGCAACACAAACCCAGUGCCACGUGGCAAACAGGACCUGUCCAAAAAAUCAUGUCUGGAAUAAUCAAAUUUGCAGAUGCUUGGCACAGCAAGAUUUUGGUUUCUCUACUCACCUUGGAGAUUCUGACACGUCUGAAGGAUUCCAUAUUUGUGGGCCCAACAAAGAGCUGGAUGAAGAAACCUGUCAAUGCGUCUGCAAAGGAGGUGUGCGGCCCUCAAGCUGUGGCCCUCACAAAGAAUUAGACAGGGCAUCAUGUCAAUGCAUGUGCAAAAACAAACUGCUCCCCGCUUCCUGUGGGCCCAACAAAGAAUUUGAUGAAGAAAAGUGCCAAUGUGUAUGUAAAAAGACCUGUCCCAAACAUCAGCCACUAAAUCCUGCAAAAUGCAUCUGCGAAUGUAUAGAAUCUCCCAAUAAAUGUUUCUUAAAAGGAAAAAGAUUUCAUCACCAGACGUGCAGUUGUUACAGACCGCCAUGUACAGUCCGAACGAAACGCUGUGAUGCUGGAUUUUAUUUCAGUGAAGAAGUGUGCCGCUGUGUACCCACAUAUUGGAAAAGACCACUUAUGAAUUAGUGAAGAAAGCUACUUGCUAUUUUGGUGUACAUUUUUUCCAUUAGAACAAAAGAACAACAGAAACUUUGCAAAUACUUGGAAUUUAAUGUUCACCAGAGACCCUGUGGGGCUUUCACAAACAAAUACAUUGUGCUUUUCUCAAGAUGUGGAAAGCAAAUGUAGAAAAUAACUGGGGUUCAUGUUUUAUAAAGAACUCAGUAAGGACUUAUUUUCUGCCAAUGACCAAACAGCCUAGGUUCUACUUCUUGUGAUUUUUUUUAAAGAGAUAAUGACUAUAUAAUUUAUUUCCACUAAAACCAUUGUGCAGCAUUUGUUUAUAGCAGUAACAAUUGUUAAAGCUCACUGUGAUCAAUAUUUUUAUAUCAUGCAAAGUAUGUUUAAAAUAAAAUGGAAAUUGUAUUAUA